AUGAGUGACCGAAGUAACGACUCGUCUACAGUGAUUCCACCAGAGCCCAGCAAAACGUCAACAUUCUGUGCAUACGAAGGAAUGGCCCCCAAAUUGAUGCGCAGUGUCCCAUACGAUCAUUCGGUUAACAUUUGGGCACUAGGUAUUCUAGUGUUCGAUAUGCUGUGUGGUGGACCACCGUUCACUGGAGAUUCAAAAGAAGAGAUUAGGACAAAGAUUCAGUGUGGCGUGAUCAAAUAUCCAAAGAAGAUGUCCUCACAAUGCAAGACUGGCAUUAAAGCUCUUCUUACACGAAACGUACAAAAGAGAAUAACUCUUGCUAAUCUGAAGACAAUGGAUUUUUUCGACUCAAUCAAUUUGGAGAAACUUGAGGAAGGGAAAUUCGAUUCGCCUCCAUUCAUACCGGAGUUGAAAAGUGAUGAUGACGUCUCCCAUUUUGAUACAUGUUUCACUGAUCUCCCUCCUAUUGAAUCACCGUGCAAGAAAGUGAGAAAAGACAAUGAUUGCUGUGCUGAUGGAGAAGUAGAUGAUGCGUUCGAUGGAUUUGAUAGAAACAAUCGGUUACCAAGCAAGUGGAAGAGCAAUAUCUGA